AAAAAGAAAAGAAGGUUUAUCUCUUUUAUUACUAACUUUAUUCUUUCUCUACUGUUUUUUUCCCGCAAAGAAUAAAAUGCAUAAAUUCAUACAGGGCUAGAAACGUAUACGAGUCCAAAAGUCUAACAACCCAGUGAGAAACGUGGUUCAACUUCUCAAACUGGUGCUUCUCACAUUUCUAUGCAUAUUAUUUCCUUACGACUCCAACUUAUGGACAUAAUACCUCUCUUCCUUAGCUCUUUACCACCAAUAGUGCAAAGAUCAAGAAUAAGCAGGAAAGAUUAAUUAUAGAAGAAAAAAAAAUUAUUGGAGGGUGUGAGAUGAAUAAUUUUAUCAACGUAUGGCUUUCAGUCUUCAUAUCUCUAUGCUACUGCUAUUACAUAGGCAAAUUUGUCCCCAGAGGUAUUCCAAGACUCUUUGGUGUGCUCCCAAUUGUGUGCCUAUUUCUUCUCCUUCCUCUUAACUUCUCCUCCAUUCAUCUAGGAGGCACCUUUGCUUUCUUCAUUGCAUGGCUAGCCAACUUCAAGCUUUUGCUCUUUGCUUUUGGUAAAGGGCCUUUGUCCUCCAACCCAUCAAUCUCUCUUGGGCACUUCAUCGCCUUUGCUUGUUUACCCAUCAAAAUCCAACAAAACCCACCUCUAGACUCGUUGGAUAAAUCCCAAAACACCCAAAAUAAGUCAAACCCAUCUCCAAAAUCAUAUUCAGUUGCCCUAAAUAAAGAAAACCCACCCGAAAAAACACAUCCAAAUAGACCAAUUAAGGAAAACCCAGUUCUCAAAAGGCCUAGGAAGGGCCACAAGUGGCCUCUAAAUAUCACAAUAAAGAGCAUACUUUUAGCCAUGUUGAUCCAACUAUAUGACUAUAGUGACAAAUUUCAUCCAUGGGCCAUAUUGUGUCUAUAUUGUUUCCACAUAUACUUAUGGCUUGAAAUCACACUAGCCUUGGUGGCAGCCCUAGCUCGAGCCAUGUUGAGACUUGAGCUCGAGCCACAGUUCAAUGCACCAUACCUCUCUACCUCAUUGCAAGACUUUUGGGGCAAGAGAUGGAACAUCAUGGUCACAAGUAUUUUACGACAAGCCGUAUACGAACCUUUUCUCAACAUUGCCACACAUGUCGUUGGUCAUAAGUGGGCCCCACUCCCAGCCAUAUUGGGUACCUUUGUUGUGUCGGCUCUCAUGCACGAGCUCAUGUUCUACUACGUAUCGCACAUGAAACCCACGUGGGAGAUCACAUGGUUCUUCCUCUUCCACGGGGUGUGUUUAGUGGUUGAGAUUUAUUUGAAGAAAGUGGUUCUUUACCAGAAAAUCCGGUUGCCGAGGCUGAUAUCUGGGCCAUUGGCCCUUGGAUUCUUGCUGGUCACUGGCUUUUGGAUGUUCUUUCCACCUCUACUACGGUUUAAGGUUGACGUUAGGGUGUUGGAGGAGUACACAAUUUUUAAGGACAUUUUUCAUGCUUUAAAAUUUAAAAAAUAUUUUCAACAAUGGAGGACCAUGUAAUAUGGCCUGUACAUUUUUAUUUAUUUAUUAUUUUGAUGAGAAUCAAGAAAAUUUUAUUGUAGAAGCUAUACAAACUACACUAAAUUUCCAAUUAAGGUCUGCUCAGCUAUAUGGCCUAUAUAUGUAUUACUUAGUAUACCAUAUACCGAAUCCACAUGGAUCUAUGUAAAGCUCUUUGGGCAGGGUACAAAUGAAUCACCAAUUUGCUCAA